AGCAGAAAUUGCUUUUCGGCCGGUACGGAAAUUGCCUUCCUUUUAGCUUCCGCUCCUGGUCCAUGUGAGGGACAGACCGCUGAGAUGAGCGGGGUUCGGGCUGCGAAGAGCCUUCUGGCUCUAAGGGAACAGGAAGAACUAGAAGAUUUGCCAAAUGACUACCCCUUGAGCACCAGUGAAGAUGAGGGGGAUGGUGGUGGAGAGAGAAAGCAUCAAAAGCUUCUGGAAGCAAUCAGUUCCCUUGAUGGAAAGAAUAGGCGGAAAUUGGCUGAGAGAUCUGAGGCUAGUCUGAAGGUGUCAGAGUUCACGGUCAGUUCUGAAGGAUCAGGAGAAAGGCUAGUCCUUUCAGAUCUGCUUGAACCUGUUAAAACUUCAUCCUCAUUGGCCACUGUGAAAAAGCAACUGAAUAGAGUCAAAUCAAAGAAGACUGUGGAGCUACCCCUUAACAAAGAAGAGGUUGAGCGGAUCCACAGGGAAGUGGCAUUCAAUAAAACCUCACAGACGCUCUCCAAAUGGGAUCCCAUCGUUCAGAAGAACCGACAAGCAGAACAGCUGGUUUUCCCCCUGAUGAAGGAGCAGUCAGCCUUUGCUCCCAUUGAGCAUGUGCUCAACGGCUGGAAGGCAAGAACACCCCUGGAGCAGGAGAUUUUUAACCUCCUUUGUAAGAACAAGCAGCCAGUGACAGACCCUUUACUGACUCCUGUGGAAAAGGCCUCUCUCAAAGCCAUGAGCCUGGAAGAGGCUAAGAUGCGCCGAGCAGAGCUUCAGAGAGCCCGGGCCCUGCAGUCUUACUAUGAGGCCAGAGCUCGAAGAGAGAAGAAAAUCAAAAGCAAAAAGUAUCACAGAGUUCUGAAGAAAGGAAAGGCCAAGAAAGCCCUAAAAGAGUUUGAGAGCCUGAGGAAGACCAAUCCUGCUGCUGCACUGGAAGAACUGGAAAAACUCGAAAAGGCCAGAAUGAUGGAGCGAAUGAGCCUUAAGCACCAGAACAGUGGAAAAUGGGCAAAGUCAAAGGCAAUUAUGGCCAAAUAUGACCUGGAGGCUCGCCAGGCUAUGCAGGAUCAGUUGGCCAGGAACAAAGAACUGACCCAGAAAGUCCAGGUGGCCUCCGAGAGUGAGGAAGAGGAGGGAGGUGAGGAAGAAGAGGGUGAUCUCCUUGUCCCUGAUGCGGUGAAUGAGGCACACAUGACUGCAGAUGGACCGAACCCCUGGAUGGUCAGGAAUCACUCUGGUGACGCAAAAGAGGCUGAAAUCCAGAAGGACCCUGAACAACUUCCAGAGCCAAUGGCCAACGAGGCUUCGGAAAGUGAGGAAGAAGAAAUACCAGUGGCAGAGGAAGAAAUUUUGUUGAAAGAAUUUGAGGAAAGGCGAUCGCUUAGGAAGAUGUCGGGGCUCAACCAGGAUGCCAAGCCAGUGAGCAGACAAGAAACAAAAGAUUCUAGCACCCAGGAGGUGCUAUCCGAACUGAGGGCACUGUCUCAGAAACUGAACAAGGACAGCCAUCAGUGCAGGAAGCAAAACGUGGGUUCAGCAAGGACUGUUUUGUCUGUCCAGAGAGAGGAACCUGCUGGGGAAGAAGAGGAGCCCCCGUUAAUGCAGAGGCCGGAGAGAGCACAGACUCUGGAGGAGCUAGAGGAACUGAGCAAAGAAGGCUGCUUUCAAAAUGAGGAGCUUCCCAGGCCUGCGUUAGAAGGGCAGCAGUUGGAGAGGAAUAAUCAGCCCAGUGCUCCCAAGAAGAAAACGAAGGAACAAAUGAUUGACCUACAGAACAUCCUAACCACCAAAUCUCCUUCCGUGAAGUCUUUGGCUGUCCCCACGACAGAGGAGUUGGAAGAUGAACAGGAGAGAGAGCAAAAGCAAAUGAUAAAGGAAGCUUUUGGUGAUGAUGUCAUCAGAGAUUUCUUGAAAGAGAAGAGAGAAGCUGUGGAGGCGAGUAAGCCAAAGGACGUGGACCUGACUCUGCCUGGCUGGGGCGAGUGGGGCGGUGUGGGCCUGAAGCCCAGUGCCAAGAAGAGACGCCGGUUUCUCAUUAAAGCACCUGAAGGUCCUCCAAGAAAAGACAAGAAUUUACCAAAUGUGAUUAUCAAUGAGAAGCGAAACAUCCAGGCAGCAGCUCACCAGGUGCGGGUGCUUCCAUAUCCAUUUACCCACCAUCAGCAAUUUGAGAGGACCAUCCAGACCCCUCUAGGAUCUACAUGGAACACCCAGAGAGCCUCCCAAAAGCUGACUACACCCAAGGUUGUCACCAAGCCAGGACAUAUCAUUAAGCCUAUAAAAGCAGAGGAUGUGGGCUACCGGUCUUCCUCAAGGUCGGACCUCUCUGUCAUACAGAGGAAUCCAAAACAACUCUCCAUACGUCACAAAAAACAGCUGAAGAAAAAUUAAAGAUUGAGUUGCUGGAAGAGUGACAUCUUGGUGCCUAGAACCAGGACCCCACCCAGAGUGCUCCUCCAUUGGCCGGGUUUUACUACAAGCUACAGAAUCAAUUUCAAAAUUCAUCAGCACACAUUUUAGGAAUAAAGGCAUUUUUAUCUAUUUAA